AUGACCACAGUUGUUCCCCCCAAACUCCGGUGCAAGGUCUGUGGAAAUACGGAAUUCACCCGUGAAUACCACACGGCAUCUUCCGAUUUGGCCUGUACCAAAUGUGGUAGUGUACUGGAGGAAAACCCGAUUGUUUCAGAAGUGACCUUUGCUGAAACGUCCAAUGGUGGUGCUACAGUGCAGGGUUCGUUUGUUGGAUCAGACCAGGCUCAUGCCAAUUUUGGCAACAAUCGAGGAUCGCUAGAUUCGCGAGAGCAGACACUGGCGAAUGGAAGGAAGAGGAUUCGAAACGUGGCGAGUGCGUUGGGAAUUCCGGAGUAUAUUUCGGAUGCUGCGUAUCAAUGGUUCCAGUUGGCCCUAACCAACAACUUUGUACAGGGAAGAAGGUCACAGAAUGUCGUGGCUGCCUGCUUGUACAUUGCCUGUCGUAAGGAGAAGACACAUCAUAUGCUUAUUGACUUUUCUUCUCGAUUGCAGGUGUCUGUAUUUGCCAUAGGUUCCACUUUCCUUAAGAUGGUGAAGGCUUUACAUAUUACGGAGCUACCGCUUGUUGAUCCAUCGCUCUUUAUCCAGCAUUUUGCGGACAGACUGGAUUUUGGAAGGAUGAAACUGAAAGUAAUCAACGAUGCUGUGAAGUUGGCCAAACGUAUGAGCGAUGACUGGAUAUCUGAUGGACGUAGACCGGCAGGUAUCGCCGGUGCCUGUCUAUUAAUGGCUGCCAGAAUGAACAAUUUUAGAAGAACACACUCGGAAAUUGUGGCGGUUACACAUAUUGGAUCUGCGACGAUUCAGAAGCGUCUUCACGAGUUUCAGAGCACCCACUCUUCAGAUUUGACGGUAGAUCAGUUUCGAAAGAAUCCAAAUAUAAGGAAUGGGUUACCACCAUCGUUCAAGAAAGGACGAUUGCUCGAAAGAAAGCGGAAAAAAGUGAUUAGAAAUGCAGAGAAGAUCAAAGAUAACAUGUUUGAGGACCCAGUGUUGGCAGCACUCUUAGAGGACAGCGAAGUUACUGAGGAAGAGAUCAACUCACAUAUUCAAAGAGUUCUCAAUCGACAGUUGAAAGAAAAUGCUAGCAUGGUGAACGGCAAGGUUGUUAUGGACAAAGAUGGAGCUAAAGUAACCCCUGAAGAGGAUGAAUUAGAUGCAGAGGAAGUUCAUCACGAAGAAACAAACGUGGAGAAGAUGAUUAGAGAAAACAAGCCUCAGAACUUGGCAAAAUUCUUGCCUUCUACUGCGGAUAUAUUGAAAGGCAUUCCAGACGAUGAUAGUUUGUCGGUGGUAGAUGACGACGAAAUAAAUGGGUUCCUAUUGAGCAGUAAUGAAAGUGAGUUGAAGGAGAGAAUUUGGGUUGGCAAUAACCAGGAUUAUUUGCUCGAGCAAGAAAAGAAGCGGUUGAAGGAAGAGGCAGAUAAGAUUGCAGGACAUACAGCACAUAUUAGGAAGAAGAGAAAGCACAAUAACAAUGAAAACGGCAGCACCGAGAACGCUGGCACGGAUUCGGCUGGUUUGAACGCAUAUCUCCAAAACGACGCCACACCGUAUGGAUUGUCAGAGGCUCUUGGAGAUGCGGCUAGUCCUGCAGAUAGUGCACGUAGGUUACUGCAGAAGAAGUCUUUGAGUAAGAAGAUUAACUACGCGGCAGUUAAUGAGUUGUUUGAGGAUUGA